UUGGGCCCUGGGCAGAAAAAAAAACGAGAGAGUGUGAGAGAAAGAGAGAGAGAAAGCAAGAGAGCGCGACGACAUGGUGACGGUGAUAUUCGUGUGCCUUGACAAAAACAUGAGACGAGUCGAUUAGCACUCUCAUAUGACUCAAACGUUCAAUAUAACGCACGUACGGAGUAAUAAUGAUAAUCGGGAACGCUUGUCACACAUAAGAAGAGAGUAAAAAUAUCAUCGAAGCUAGACGUUGGAAGAUGCUGAUCAAAUAGAGGAAGAACGGAUCAUAUCGUGAGACAAGGUCGAGCGAAAGUGUUACAGGAAGAAAGAGAAAGGAGAUUAAAAACUCUGAAUAUAGGAUUUUAAGGGGGGAUACUAUGGGGACACUUUUGGACACGCCGAAUACAGAAAAGUACAAUGAGCAUGGAGACGGAAACAAUUUACGUUAUGGGGUUGCGAGCAUGCAGGGCUGGCGAUUCGAGAUGGAAGAUGCGCAUCGAGUUAUUCCUUGUUUAAACGGUGAAUUGAUGGAUUGGAGUUAUUUCGCAGUGUUUGAUGGGCACGCAGGUGCCCUGGUGUCGGCGCAUAGUUCAGAACAUCUACUCGAGUGUAUAAUGCAAACAGAAGAGUUCAAAAUGGACGUUAUAAAGGGUAUACACACGGGUUUCUUGCGUCUUGACGAUGAGAUGAGAGAUUUGCCAGAAAUGACCGCUGGCACUGACAAAUCUGGCUCCACCGCUGUAUGCGCUUUCAUAUCACCAAGAAACAUAUAUAUCGCAAAUUGUGGUGACUCAAGGGCGGUACUUUGCAACUCCGGCACACCGAUAUUCUCCACGAGAGAUCACAAGCCUGUUGUGCCAGCGGAAAAAGAGAGAAUUCAAAGGGCCGGUGGUAGUGUUAUGGUACAACGUGUCAAUGGCUCGUUGGCCGUAUCCCGAGCACUCGGUGAUUACGAGUACAAAAAUGUCGAAGGACGAGGACCUUGCGAACAGCUAGUAUCCCCCGAACCCGAAAUAUUCGUUCGUGAUAGGGACGAUAACGAUGAAUUCCUGGUUCUUGCCUGUGAUGGCAUAUGGGACGUUAUGACCAACGAGGAUCUCUGCGAUUUUAUACACUCCAGGCUUUUGCUCACCGAUGAUUUAGAAGCUGUUACCAAUCAAGUGGUCGACACUUGUCUCUACAAGGGUAGCCGUGACAAUAUGAGCAUAAUUUUGGUCACAUUUCCGGGAGCACCGAAACCAAGUCUUGAGGCCCAAAGGAAGGAGGCUGAAUUAGAAACGGCCAUCGAAAGGAGAAUUAAAGAAAUCGUCGCACAGCAGGAAGGUGAAGCUGCCUUCAAUUAUCUUCAACUGUUCCAGCUUCUUGCGGACCAAGAGCUACCGAAUCUGCCUCCGGGUGGUGGUCUUUUUGCAAAGCAACCACUCAUUGAACAAGUGUUUCGAGAAGUAUGUCCCAGCAGAGCAGAAAGUAUGUCUGUAUCGGAUUUUUUUUUCUUCGGGGAUAAAUCAUUAUACCAGUAAGUUCGUAGCAAUGCCAGGAAGCCUUAGUUUUUCGAGGUGUUUUGUUGUUCGUCUCGUUGCUCACACCGGAUUUAAGAAAAAUUAUAGAAAACAAAAACAAUAGUCAAUAAAACGUAAGAGAAGAGAAAAGGACGGGGAAGAAGCUAGAGAGAAAUUGGAGAAUUUCGUCUCACCUCACCUCACCUCACCUUCUUUGACUUUAAUCAAGUAUUAACGAAUUAUAAUGAUCUCGAUUCUUCGGCAUAUUACCAUUUAAUUAUGAAAAAGAUAAUAUUUACAUAUGUAUGAAAGACAGUUCAAACUAAUGCCCUUCCUUAGUUCCCCCUUCUGCGGUGCUCGAACCACAUUUUUCUAUAGCAUUUUAAGGCUACUUUUUUUUCUUUAUUUCAAUUUACGUGCCCCUCGAGUAUCCAAACGUUUAGUGCGCAUAUACCAAAGUACAUUAUCAUUUUCUCCUGCUGUUGAACAUUACACUUCGCGUUCAUCUUCUGUGUAGGUAUACAUUAUGGCAUUACCUUAUUAUUUCCUCGUAGUUGUAACGAAGAUAACACUCUUUGCGGGUCAUUGCCAACGGGAAUGAAAUCGUGCUUGAAAACUUCGAAGUGAACGUAUUCGCAUUUGGGUAGCUUUUUAUUUUGUUAAAGAAAAACUUCGAAGAAAACGUUGCGGGCUUUUUCCUUAGUGAAAUCACGAUCUCAACAUUUCUCUUUUCGCAUUCACACACAUUCCUGAAAGCUUCGAGUUAUUUCUUGACCCAGCGAGUAACAAAACUCCCAAAACGACUUUUUUUUUUACUUAUGGGAACUGUAGUUUUAGUGAGACACGAAAAACAACUAUAAGUUGCAAAAAACUAUCGUGCAAAAAUGAACAAAAAGGAGAAAUCAUACAAUUGACAGGCGAACACAUACUACGCCAAUGACACACUGUGAAUCGUUUGUUCUCAUCGUAUCCUCAUCAGGAUACGAACGAUAAACUUUUCUUUUACUAUGUACAAUUUAUCAACGACAUUUGUUGAAGGCUCAUUCCACAGAAUAUCCCAUUGGAAGGAAAAUACAGCUAUUUUGUACGUCGUCCCUCCACUUUUUUACUCGGGCAUUCUGUAAAAUUGCGCUCGCGUACAUACACAUCCACAGAUUUCAUGAUAGAUCAUGCGAACCUUUUUUUCACCGUCCACAAUUGCAACGAGUCGAAAAAAUCGUCUCUUAGAAAACCGUGACUGCACAAUAAUUUUCCUUUGCUUGCUAUAACUGUGGAUUACAGGUAAAAAUUAAAACGGCAAAAUAUUUCGUUGAAUCGCAGCAUCAAUAAAUCAAGCACAGACUACUUUCUUUCUGUUAAAUUGCCCCAACUUGCCAGAUAUUUCAAUCGAAGAGUGAACGUUGAGUUACCUGAUCCUGUAAACCUUGUCCUUGUCUCCUCAGAUCGCUUUGGAUUCCAAGAGACCUUUGCCACUGGAGAGACAAAACCUUCAUUAGAUGAACUUGAUAACAAAUGUUGAUCGUCUAAUCGUUUUGUUUACAUACUUAUUAAAACAAGAAACACGCAACUGAUACGAGAAAAAUCUAAACGUCAUUCUCGAACGAGUUUUCUUUGGUCAGGGGAAAAAAUUAAAAAAAAAAAAAAAAACAAAAAUAAUGCAAAAAAAGUGAACUCGGUCGUCGGGACGAUUCUGAAAAAUUGUGUACCUGAAAUUGUUUUGCUACAUGACGAUCGCGUCUCUCCUUCGAAUAGUUGCCUCUAAAUCGUUUUUGAAGCGAAUAGCCAAACCUUUCAUGGGACAUGGUACACUGAAAAUCCAAAAGAAAGCCAAUCAAUCGACUCAAAAGCAUGAAAUCGUUGAGAAAUUAAUAAAUAAUUAUGACAUUUGGAAAAUCUGGCAGGAACAUAUUCGCACAAUGAAAGCUAACUAUUUAACACGUAUCAGCAAAGCAUUUUCAGAUGUAAAUCUUUAGGGGAAAAAGAAAAGAGAAAUAAUAAUAUAGAAAAACUUAAUGUGAUCGAGAUCACUGACGGACAUUUCUAUGGAGAAAUCUUCAGGUCUUAACUCCAAUCUCAUUUCACUUAUGGCUAAAUUGUGGUGGAACAUUGUAAUUAACGAAUUCAAUUUUUACAGUAGAAAUACCAUUUCUAAAGAAACGAAAUCAAGAAAUUUUUCGUACGUGUACAUAGACCGUGACGCUGUAUAAAAAUAAUAAUGGAAAGAGAGAAAAAGAGAAAGAAGGAACAAUCGGAUUAAAGACCUGCUGGAUUUCUCUAUGUGAAAUAAUAAAAUAUUGAAAUUCUUGUGUGACUCGAAUUCAACAGAAUAUCAUGAAUAUUUUGUGUAUGUUAUUAUACUAUUUACUUAUGAAAUUAUUCACACUAUACUAUUUACCUAUGUUGUUGUAUAUAAUAUACAUAAUUAAAAUCUAAUUUCAUGGGAACACACAUGCCUUCUGUAUUAUAUCAAGGCCAUUUACGUUAAUACUUAUUUGUUUCUUUUUUCUAUGCUUUUCUAAUCGUUUAAUCAUUGCUUAGAAUUCCGCUUAUGUUUCGCUCGUUCGCCAAAAACUUGAUAAAAUUUCGCUUGUACGAAGAAACAAAUACUCGAAACAUGUCUGUGUUUCAUUCGAUUUAACAAAUUUUCAAGUUCCCUCGACUGAACCGAAGUAGUGUUUUGUCAAAAACAUUACUUGUCGUUGCGUACCCCCUUGCUCUUCCAUACACAUUUUCGUCGACGUAAUAUCGAUCAUGGAAACUUGUCAGUAAGACUUGAGUAGUUAUUGAAAACAAAAAAUGACAGUGGAGAAAAAUAUACGUGCCUAAAUGACAUGAACGACGCUUCGAACCCGCGACGAGCUUCCAAAUCGAAUAUUUUAUCGGUUGAGAUGAUAUCGCUCCAACGAAUUUUUCAACGAUUUAUAUUAUUUGCAAUGGAAUCAUUGAAACCGCGUCUAUUCGACAACGAGAUAAAUAGAUUAGAAGUUGAUUUGUGGGACCAUUCUGUUGAGUCAUUAAUUGAGCAAGCAUAGCUUUGCGCCUGGUGAAUUUGUUUAAAUUAACUUUCAAACAAAAUAUAUAUGACGGUUUGAAUUAGAUUGAAAUCCCCUCCUCGGUCAAAGCUUCUGGUGAAACGAAAAUCUUCUCGUCACUCAAUGAAUGAAUAAACAAGAAAGGAAGGAGCUGAAUCAACAUUCUGUACAAAUGAAUGUUUUUUUUAUUUAUUUUUUUCUCAUUUCUGUAGAAUGGAAGAAUGCAUGAGAAAUCCUUGAUAAAAUUUUAUUCCAAAGUAUCAACUCCCGAGCCAGCGAAUAUAGAAAAAGAAAGUGCAUUUUUAUGAUUAUUUGAAAUUGUUAUUAGUGGGUUUGAGUAAUAUUUUGUUGUUUGUUGGUCCAAUUUCAAAGCUUAGCACACUGGAAUACUCGUCAUGACAUUAUCCCAUUCGCUACUAAAACAAAUAUUUUUCAAUUCUAUGAAUGAAUUUGAAUUUAUCAUUGGCCGAAUUAUCAUGAAGAUUUCAAUGUAAAUGAAUAAUUUUAGGAGAAUGAUAUUAAAAAUGGACGAUGAUUCUUCAACAAGGGAUCACACCUUGAAAUAAUGAAAAGAAAAAACCAAAAUAAAAGAAGGAAAAAGAGUGUAGAAACAGGGAAAGGAGGUUGCGAUCGACGUCAAACUAUUUUUUACAUGCAUCCCAGGAGUAAAACAACCCUAAAUGUAUAAUUAAGAAAAUAUCUGGUUAUAGCUCUGUGUAGUACGAAUGAGAAAAAGAGCAAAAGAUAAGAGAAACAGAAACAAAUGAAAAGAUGAAUUGUGAAGCAACUGAUUGUGCCAACUUUCACAGGGGUCGAAAGUUAUGUGUUGUGUAUACAUGAUUCCUGAAACAGACAAGAGAGAUUCAUUUCACAAUGAUAUAAAUUUAUAUCGAGCUCGAAUGAUUAAUAAAGUUUAUGCAGCUGC